AUGGCUCACACAUCUGUUUCGGAUGGCGGAAGUGACCGACCUGGAACUGAAACUGCUCCGACGACCACAAGAGAACGUGCAACACCGCAAAACAUUGUGGACACAUUCUGGGGAUCCUUCAACUCGAAGUUUCCAGGAAGAGUCUUGAAGGUUCUGCCCCGACGACCAGGCAAAGCUCCUCCGCAGCCCAUUUCAAAUAUCGCACACGGUGAAUCUGCGCUUGACUCGUACAAUCGCGCCAAAAAGGAAUGCGAACAUGCGGUGAAUCGCAUUGCAAAGCAAUGUCUGCGAAUCAACCAAAAGUAUGUUGAUCCGCAUUUUGAUAUUGAGGCGGAUCUCAAGUCUGGGCAACGGAAUUGUCUCGACGGCCUUGGGGGCGAAAACGUGUCGAUGAAGCCGAAGGGCGUGAAGAGAGUCUCGGAUAUUUUUGAGAAACCUCAAUUCUACGUAAAUAAUGCUACCGCGGGUGAUGUACGUCAGGGAAACGAUGGUGACUGUUGGCUUAUGGCUGCGCUCUGUACUUUGGGAAAUAUGGAGGGCCUCAUUAAUAGGGUUUGCGUUGCACGGAAUGAGCAGGUCGGAGUUUACGGAUUUGUCUUCUAUAGAGGCAAGCCGCAUCUGCUAAUUUUUUCGGCGAAGCACACCAUUUGGCGUCAUACUAUCAUUGAUGACAAGCUAUAUCUUCGAGCCCCGGAUUAUGAAGAUGCUGCUUGGGAAAGGGAGGUUUGGGAUGAUAUUGGUCGCUCCGAUACCGAAUUAAACUACCGAAAGACCUGGCAAACUGGAUCCAGGGCGCUGUAUUUUGCUCAGUGCAGCGACGACAACGAAACAUGGCUGCCCUUGCUGGAAAAGGCCUACGCUAAAGCCCACGGGGACUAUUCAAGCAUCGAAGGCGGGUUUGUUGGAGAAGCUAUAGAGGACCUUACCGGGGGUGUUACGUCCGAAAUCAUAUCCCGGGAUGUCCUCGACCAGGACAGAUUUUGGAACGAGGAUCUUAUGAAUGUCAACAAGAAAUUCGUUUUCGGAUGCGCCACGGGUCUAUACGGUCGCUGGUUAUACCCCAGUUACUAUGACUCCAAGGAGAGAUCAGGCAUACAUGAAUGCCAUGCAUAUUCUGUGAUGGACGCUAAGGAGAUAAAUGGACAGAGGUUACUCCGUCUUCGGAACCCCUGGGGUCAUAAGGAAUGGUCUGGGCCAUGGAGUGAUGGAUCUGAGCAAUGGACCCCUGAAUGGAUGAAUCUACUCCAGCAUAAAUUUGGAAAUGAUGGAGUGUUCUGGAUUUCCUACGAAGACUUUCUUCACAAAUAUGAGUUUCUCGAUCGAACUCGGCUGUUUGGAGACGAUUGGAUAGUGACGCAGAAGUGGACCAAUUUUCAAGUGCCUUGGACGCUGGAGUAUCAUAAAACAAAAUUCGUUAUCGAAAUAACAAGGAAAGGCCCAGUUGUAAUUGUCUUAUCCCAGUUGGACUAUCGCUACUUCAAAGGACUAGACGGUCAAUACAAAUUUGAACUUCAAUUUCGCCUUGAGAAAGAUGGACAAGAUGAUUAUAUUGUCCGCAACCAAAAUAGCAUUUACAUGUCCCGCUCUGUGAGUGCGGAUAUCACUUUGGAGCCAGGGACUUACACGGUUCUUGUGAGAGUGAGGGCAACAAAGUCCAAAACCGCCCCUCCAGAGGAGGUCAUCAAAGAGAAAGCCACUACGGAGCGAGAGAAACUUGUUCAAAUCGGCCAGUCUUAUGACUUGGCUCAUGCGAAGGGCGUGGAUUUGGAAUCCGGGGAAGAAGAGGCGGAACGGAAGAAUAAAGAAUUGGAAAAAAGAGCAGCAUUGAGAAAAAAAGAAAGGGAUCUUGCGGAGGUCCGGUCGCGGAGAAAGUGGGUUACAAGGAAAAAAAUCGCUGCAAGAGAUAAGAGGAGGAAGAAGAAGGCGGAGCAGGUAAGGGAAAGAAGGGCAGCCAGACAGCAAACUAAAAAUGCUGAGAAUCAAGAGGGACAGCAAACCGAGGAAAAGAAACAAGGCGGGGAAGCUGAUGAGGAGCGUGAGGAUGGCCAUAGUAAGAAGGAGAUACAGCAGAAUAGUAGCCCUGAAGUGAAAGAGGAGAACGUUGAAUUGAGGGCGGAGGAUGCCAAGAAACAAGAAAGAGAAAAGCAUGGGGACCAAGAGAAGAAAGACGAUGAUGCGAAAUCCCAAGACUUGGAUCCCGAGGAACAAGAAGGACAGAAUGACAAAGGAGCGGACAAGAAAGGAGCAGUUCAACUGAGAAACGAGUUUGUCGAGAAUAAGGAAACAAAGAAGGAUCAAGAUACGGAGAAGGGGAGUGAGGAUGUUAGUCACCAGGGGGAGGAUUUGAACGGAAAUGAAGUAAAGGAGCAAGGCAUUGAAAGGGAAUAUAUGGACAUCAAAUUUGAAGCUGGAGAUUCUGAGGAGAAAGAAGUCAACGGAAACGGAGGAGGGAAGAAGAAUGGUGAAAUCGUUGAACCUCAGAUGAGUGAUCUCGAAGGCAAUGAAAUUAAGAAAGGUGGGGAUAUGGAGACAAUGGGCGAAGUCUCCGAACACCAGUCAGAGAAUCUUAGAAACAAGAAGGAAUUACAAGAGGACGAGGGGCUAGGGAACAAAAGCUUAGAAUCUUUCAGGCCCCUCACGGUGACUGAGGAUGAAAGCGGUAAGGAAAAUAACAACGAGGAAGCAAAGGUUAUACCCCCCACCCCCGAAGUCGCCAAAGAACAGGAACCUCAAACACAGAAGGAGAACGAGACGGACGAUAAGAACCAGACCACCGAACCUACGGCUAAAAUCGCGAAAAAGGUCGAGGAAGAUAGUGGUGUGGAUUCGGGGUCAGAUUUUGAAUUUGAUUCCGAAAUUGAUAUGUCUCCGAUUGAAGAUUCUGAUAGUGAAGGUGACGAAGAGGAAGAAGGCGAUAUUGACGGGGAGUACAGCGUACAACCACCUUGGAAUGCUGUUUGUGUUAUCGGGCUACGAGUUUAUUCCAAGGAUUCGGGCUUAACUGUCAGAGUGGUGAAGCCAAAGCUUUGGCAAACGGUUUCUGAACCUCAACGUGAUUGUGAUGAUCCCGCAGUGGAGUGA